AUGAAUUUCACUGAAGUAUUAAAGAAAAUUCCAACACCACAAGUUUCGAUGCCACAAAUACCACAAAUGAGUAAAUUCGGAAUAAACAAUAAUAAAGAAGAUAUAGGAAAAGCUCCAAUGAAUAUGACACAGGAGGAUAUGCAACAAUUGAUUCAUUACAUUGGUGAAUCUGUUCUUAUUCCAGAGGAUGGAGCGUUUAUUGCAUUGUGGAUUCUUACUCUCAUUGAUCAUUGGAAUAAUGAACAUGAACGUUUAAUUGUAUUAACUGAAAGAAAUUUCUAUAUAUUAAGAUAUGAUUUUCUUCAAUGUCGUGUACGUGAUAGUCGUCGUGUAGGUCUUGGACAAUUGAUUAGUGUUAUAACUGGACCACUUGUAUUUCCAGCAAAAUCAUUAAUGCCUAUACGUAGUUCACCUGGUGUUCAGUUAAAAUGGGGUGAUGAAAAUGAUGUAAAAAUUACACAAAAGUGGAAUCCAUUAUGUCGUAGUUUACCUUAUGCUACAUUAACUCAUCAUCCACUUUAUUCUAAACGUGAUCAAUUACCAUCAAAACAAGUGAAUGUACCAGGUGCCGGUUAUGAAGAUUUAUCUAAUCCAGUAUCUGUAUACGAUGUGAAUAAUUUUCUUACAGCAUUACGUGAAGCUUGUUCUGGUAUGAAUAUUCAGUUUACCAAUGGUGAAAUUGUCAUUGAAAGUUAUGGUAAUUUAGGUAGUGUUGUAUUCAAUCAAAGUAAUUUGGGUUUUGCUAAACCAAAACCACCUACAUCAUGA